AAAAUCAUGAAAAUUAAAAAAGCAGAGGAGCGCGUGUGCGACUGGGAGAAGCUGAGAUGAAGAAGUCAGCAGUAGAGAAGAAGAGAGUGCGACGGUCUUCAGCAGCCACCCAGAAUGGAGGCAGAGAUCCCACCUCCGACACUCCUCCUAGGAAACAAACUGCCAAGAAAGAUGUGUUUCAGUUGUUUGCUGAGAAGGUGAGAGACCAUAAGGAUUUGGUCUCCAGAUGGGCUGUUCUACAGGAGACACGUGUUGAAUAUUUCAGAGGGAAGGAUUUUGUGAGCUUUAUGAAAAAUCAUCCGGAGUUCAAAGAUAUCCUAGAAUCAGAUAGGAAUCUGGAAACAGAAGACAUUGCUGAGAUUCUACUAAGUAAAAAUCUCUUGGUACGAUGUGAUCGCGUGGUGAAGACUGUUCGCCCUGGGAAGAAAAAGUUGUCAACUUGGCCUGCACAUCUAGAAAUCUUCCAUGAACAAGUAUUCUCUGGCAAUGAUGCUUUUUUUGCGUGGACAUUUGUUAAACGUCGGCCACUUUGGCAGACACUCCUCUCUUUUUGCUGGCCUGUGUUGACAUUGGCAAUUUGCCUAUUUCCCGUGUAUCCCCAUCGCUGCAAACUAAUAAUACUUUACUCAUGCGCUGGAAUCCUUCUGCUUAUUCUCUCCUUGCUUUCGGUAAGAGCUACAAUAUUUGGUGCUUUAUAUAUCAUUCUUGGAAAGCGGGUUUGGUUCUUCCCAAACAUCCUUGCUGAGGAAGCAACACUGGCAGAGUUAUUCAGAUUUUGGCCCAAGAAAGAUGAGGAGGAGCGACCAACGUGGACAAAAAGGCUUUUUUAUGCUAUAGUAGCUGUGCUGGUCAUAUUCUUGCUGAGGCACCAUGCCCCUGACGAAGCAGCCAGAGCAAGGUACCAGAAGAGAGUAUCAAACAUCAUUGACGACGUUCUUGAUUGGUCUCCAAGUUUAGCCUUGUCUGGGAUGAUGGAGAAGCAACAAAAUGUGGUUAAUGCCACGGGGUCUAAUGACAGUUCACAAACGAGCAACACAAGUCCAGAACAAGCAAGUUCACCUGAGGAUGGUGGUGCAAAAACUUUCUCAGAACAGUACGACGCUGAAGAAGUUAUGGGAAACACAGAGGAUGCAGGUGAAGAUAAACAGAAUGACUAGACGGUGAUUAUAUGUCUAUACUUUUUUGGGGCCAUAAUUAUAUAUCUAAACUUAAAUGUCUAGCAACUAUAUCGGAAUUUUGUUGAUGUAUUUUGAGUGCAAAACCAUGUAUCAAAUAAUAACAGUAAAA